GUAUGAACGAUGAACAUUAUUUUGCACAUAGGUGUACAUAAGAAGUUACAAUGUCCUAUGAAGAUAUUUUAAAAGCUGUAGGGGGCUUCGGUCGUUACCAAAAGCUUCUUACCCUCUUACUGGUAGUUAGCGGUAUUCCUAACGGUUAUCUUGUUUUGACAAUUGUGUUUGUGGGAAUGACACCACCCCACCGUUGUUGUGUACCUGGCAUUGAAGAGUGUCUUCGCAACAGCAGUGGACCGACACCAAACUACGAUCUUCCAAAAGCGACUUGGGAAGCCCACAUACCACACCACGAUAUCGACGGUGUUAAGUACAGUCAAUGUGGCAUGAUUUCUACCGAUAGCAACACGACAAAGCAAUGUACUAACGGUUGGGUGUUUGACAUCGAUUCGGAUAGAACUACAUUCGUAACGGAGUGGGAAUUAGUUUGUGACAGAUCAUUGUAUCGACCUCUCCUAACAGCAUUAUUCAUGGCGGGCGUUAUGUGUGGAUCUACAUUAAGUGGCUUUUUAUCUGACAGGUUUGGUAGGCGACCCGUAUUCUUGGCUGGAACAUUUGGCAUGUUUGUUUGCUUUGGUUUGUGCGGUAUUUCCACAUCACCGAUCAUGUAUGCUAUCACUUUGUUUUUGUCUGGAGCCAUGAACCUCGUAAACUAUGCAACUGCCUAUGUUCUUGCUUCUGAAGUGAUUAGUACAAGCAAGCGAGUGAUCACGGGCACAUUAACUAUUGCUGCGUUCGCCAUUGGUUAUAUGUUAAUACCAUUGCUGGCAUACUUCCUUCCACACUGGCGAACCCUUUACCUUAUUACAAGUCUUACUGGGUUUCUGUUUAUUCCAUAUAUAUGGCUAAUCGACGAAUCACCAAGUUGGCUUUUAUCAAAAGGCAAGUUUGAAGAGUUUUGGAAACUUGUGAGAAAAAUAGCGAAGUCCAAUGGAGUUCCUGAAGAAAACGUCGAUGAAUUGCGCGCCUGUUGGAAAAAAGAAGAGAAUAAAGAGACCGCGGAAUCUUGGUCGGAUUUGUUCCGUCAUUUUAAACACAGAAGAGUUUUUGCAACCCUUCUCAAUAAAUGCUUUACAUGGUUUUCGUGCUCUGUAGCAUAUUACGUGCUUUCACUAAACACCUCGAACUUUGGCGGGAGUCCUUACAUAAAUUGCUUCCUGGCGGCCGCUGUUGAGAUUCCAGCAUAUGCUAUUGUUAUUCUUGCGCUAAAGAAAAUUGGACGAAAAUCGUUUGUGUUUGGUUCUCUGGUUUGCACCGGUGUCUUCUGUGGAGCUGUGCCUUAUAUUGAUAUCGUUAGCACGAAAGGAGCUAUCGCCUCUGCAAUGAUUGGGAAGUUAUGUGUCGCUGCAUGUUUUUCUGUUAUCUAUCUCUACUGUGCUGAACUGUUUCCUACUCCAAUACGAACCACUGCAGUAGGACUGUGUUCCAUGAGCGCUAGGGUGGGUGCUAUUGUAGCGCCAUAUUUACUCUAUGCAGGUGAAACAUAUUCAUCACUACCUUACCUCAUCAUCUUUGGACUUUCUUUUCUAUCAGCAUUUUUUAUAUUAUGGCUGCCUGAGACUUGUCUUGCUACUCUGCCUGAAAGUAAAAACGACAUGUUAAGAUUAAAACUGAAUUUAAAAGAAAUCUUUAAAAUUCACAAAAUCAUCGGCAAGGGGUCAGAAAAUAAUAAUGACGCCAACGAAGAUCAAAAAUCUGUUACUGAACCUUUAAGUGUUGGUGUCGUCGCAUAGUUACUGCAUGUUUAUGCUGUUGCUGUCAGGCAUAUUGUUAAUGUGAAUGGAUCUUCCAGCAAUUUUUAAAAUUGGGAUCUUUUAAAGGUUAAAAAGUUUCAACUGUCUAUUUAUUUCGCAUUCAUCAGGUCAUGAAGUAUCUUAUUGUCCAAUGACACACAUACAGUAGCUACGUUAUGGUUUUAUAAUUAUGUUUCUUUGAAUUAAAUGUAGGUUGCUUUAUACUUACUUGGCUGUUGUAACAGAAGUGUUGGGUUUUCAUACACCUCGUGUACGCACAGUUAUCAUGUAUGUUACUUUGUAGGUGUACAUUUACUGAAAUAUUUUUAAUGAAUGGCUGACAGUUUGACAGCCCAUUAGGAACCACUGGGUCGAAACAAAACCUGUUAAGUGUCUUGCUCAAAGGUACAUACACGCCCACGCCUUCUAUUUGCGGUUAUAUAUCUUCUGAUAUAUUAUCAAAUGUUCACACCUCAUUACUUUAUCAUAUCCGAUUGCUUUACAUCGUUCUACACAGCAUUUAUUUCAGCUUAAACAUAUGCUUUGAAAUUAAAUAUUUAUGUGGGGUGUUAUUAUAUUAUAAUAUUGCUAUAUCGCUGCGCCUCUUCCUACGUCACCCGUCUUUCAUUCGUCUCGUCUGACCUUUCAUUGUAAGGUGCGCAUUGUCGGAGUGUGUUGUGUUUUGUGGAUCGUGAACCAUGUUGCAUUAAUUGUUAACUUUGUUAUAUUAACGCUUACUUAAAUGUGUUACAGCUUACCUAAGUUAAUUAAAAUAAAACCUAUGACCUGCAUUGAAUGGUCUCCUCAAUGGUUUACGACAAUAUGCAACGUACGUAUUAAAUUGCUUGGCCGCAGUAAAUUUCAAACCCAA